CCAGGCUUCCUGGCACACUCUAGUACUCCUUCCAUCAUUUCACGUUUCGCUUUCAUUUCCCCUCUCUCUGGGAGGUUGCUCUGAUGUCUUUCCUCCCUUAAGUUCUACAGAGAUCGAUCCUACCUGAUUUUUCUCCCAGGCUCAUGGGCUCAGUUAUCAGGAUCACUUUCUUCCCCAGGGUGUACUACAGACCUCCACAUGUCGGACAAUGGGAUUCAGCAGAGAAUGAGUCCCCCAUCCUUCCAUCAAUAAACCACUCUUCCCAGCUGUUCUUCCACCAUCCGCUGGCCUCAUGUCUACCUUACUCCUCAAUCUGGAUUUUGGGGAACCUCCUCCCAAAAAGACAUUAGAGGGAAAUGCCAAACACCGAAAUUUUGUCAAGAAGCGGCGGCUCUUGGAACGGAAAGGCUUUCUAAAUAAAAAGAACCAGCCCCCUAGCAAGGCUCCUAAGUUGCAGUCAGAACCUUUGAAGAAAGGGGAAACUCCCAAAGUGGAUGGCACUUGGAAGAUCCCUCCCUUCCCCAAAAAAAGGAAGACAGCUGCCUCCAGCGGUGAGUCAGAACAGUCCCUAGACAAGAAAGCUACAGUUUCUUGGCUAACCCCUGCCCCUUCAAAAAAAGCUGAUUCUGUUGCAGCUAAAGUAGAUUUGCUAGGGGAGUUCCAGAGUGCCCUUCCAAAGAUUAAGAGUCAUCCAACCCGCUCCCAGAAAAAGGACCCCCAGAAGAAAUCCUCUCAGAAGAACCUUGUCCAGAAGAAUGCCUCACAGAACUCUACCCAAGCUCACUUGGAGAAUAAGUGCUCCGGAGCGUCCCAGCAGUUGCCAAAGAAGAUGGUGGCGAUCGAUUGUGAGAUGGUGGGCACAGGACCCAAAGGGCACGUUAGUUCCUUGGCUCGAUGUAGCAUUGUCAACUACAAUGGAGAUGUACUUUACGAUGAGUACAUUCUCCCCCCCUGCCGCAUUGUGGACUACCGCACCAGGUGGAGUGGUAUCCGGAAGCAACACAUGGUGAAGGCUACACCCUUCAAGAUUGCUCGUGGCCAGAUCUUGAAGAUACUCACAGGGAAGAUAGUGGUGGGUCAUGCCAUCCACAACGACUUCAAAGCCCUUCAGUACUUCCACCCCAAGUCCCUCACCCGUGACACCUCCCACAUCCCCAUCCUCAACCGGAAGGCUGACUGCCCGGAGAAUGCCACCGUGUCUCUGAAGCGUCUCACCAAGAAGCUGCUAAACCGGGACAUCCAGGUUGGGAAAAGUGGACAUUCCUCUGUGGAAGAUGCCCAGGCCACCAUGGAGCUGUACAAGGUGGUUGAAGUUGAGUGGGAAGAGCACCUUAUCCAGAAUCCCCCGCAAGACUAGCAACAGUGAGGAUGCAGGUGCUGUGGGGAAGCAGAGGCAGUCCCAGGAGAACCAGGGCAGUGGACCAAUGGACAGGUGUUCCAGCUCCACGUCUCGGGAAGCUGGUAUUGGUGUGGGGAGAGAGGCUCUACCCCAGACUUAAUAUUAGUUGAAAUUUCACCUCAGGUGUUGUGUCCUGUGUCUGGUUAAGUGUCCUGUGGAGGGGAGACGCUUCCAUGUCAGUACCCAGCCCUGUGCCAAUUACCUCUCAAAUGGUGCUAACCACAGGUCCCAGGGUGCUUUGCACCAGUCAAGCUUUUUAGCUUUCAAGGGGCAGGGCAUACUGGGAAUGUUUCCCAAACUGUCUUAUCACUAGGGUGGCCAUAUGUCUCGUUUUAUGCCUUUUGUUCUUAAGUAAUUAACACACCCUGUUUCACUCUCAGGAGUGUCCUGGGUGGACAAUAAAUUUUAUGGUCCCAAUACAUAUCACAGACUGCUUUUGGACUCAGAGUCUGCAAGUUGCCUGUGCCUGUACAUGGCCUAUUCUUCCCACCUUGACUUCCAGAGGACAAGCGAGAAUUAGCUCUCUUAAGAAUCCAGGCAGCAGAGGCAAGACAAGUCUCAAACCCGCGGGCUUAGGCAAUCUACUCACCUCAGUCUCCCAAAGCACAGGAAUAUAGGCUGAGUCACCGAGCCCGGCUAACAGUCUCUUUAAGGUAACAGAGUGUUUAUUUAAUUUAGGUCCCACUUGGUAGAUUAAAAAAGAAUUUAUGAAGUGUUUUCAUGGUUUUUAGUCUUUUACCUUGUUAAACCAAGCCUCUAAAAACUCAAAUUAUUCCCUUGAUACAUUUUUAUAAUAAAAAACUAAUUGUCUAGUUGUUUGUUUUUAA